UUUCAUCUACUGCUACAUUCAUCCAACUCUUUCUCACCUUCAAACUUGCAAGUUGCCCCUGUUCCAUUCCACACUCUCAAAACUAUCCAAUUCUCUCUUCUUACUCUCAGUUAUCGAUCUGACCUGAUGGCGGAUGCACUGCUUGGUUCCACUGUACAAGUUCUAGUGCAGACGGCAAUAGACUUGGCUUCUGAACAAAUUGGUCUGUUUCAGGGCUUCAAGAAUGAUUUUGAGAAGCUGCGGAAAACGUUGACCCAAAUCCAAGCUUUCCUUCGUGACGCAGAAGAAAAACAUGUGACGGAAAGGUUCGUGAAGCUUUGGCUGGAGAUGCUUGAACGCGUAGCUUUCGAUGCCAGAAAUUUGCUGGAUGACUUCAACUAUGAAAUGAAUCGGCGCAGGAUUGAGAUCCAAAACCAAAUGAAGAGGAAGGUAUGCUUCUUCUUCCCACUCUCCAAUUCCAUUGCAUUUCGUUUAAAAAUGUUCAAAAAAAUUCGGCAAAUCAAUAUGGAUUUGGAAAGAAUCCAUAGAGAAGCAUUGGCAUGUGGACUCCAGCCACGUACUGGAGCUAGAGAUUCAUCUCAUGGUGGAGGAUUUAAAAACAGCAGAGAGACUUGCUCUGUUACUGUUGAUACGAGUUUUGUUGGAAGAGAUAAUGAUGUUUCAGCAAUAGUAACACAAUUGACUGCCACGAGUAACAAUGAAACUAUCUCCGUUCUUCCCAUAGUAGGAAUGGGCGGGAUCGGGAAGACCACCUUGGCUCAAAAGGUUUUUAAUGAUCCAAAAAUUAAAGAACAUUUCGUGGAGAGAAUGUGGGUAUGCGUGUCAGAUGCUUUGAAUGUCAAUAGGCUGUUUCUGUUGAUGCUAGAAUCAUUGAAUGAACCAAUGCUCGAAGUUGAGAGUAGGGAAGCCUGGGUCGAUCGGCUUAAGGAAUUAUUGGAUGGUAAAAAGUAUCUACUGGUCUUGGAUGAUGUUUGGGAUAACGGCUUAGAACAAUGGAAUGAUUUUCUUGCAUGUUUGAAAGGUACCAGCCAAGCCACGGGGAGCUGGAUUCUUGUGACCACUCGCGACCAAGGAGUGGCAAGCAUCAUGGGAAUUUCUUCUCCUCCUUGGUUCUUGGAAGAAUUAUCAGAUGAUCAAUGUUGGCUCAUUAUCAAAGAAAAUGUAUUUGGCGCUCAGGAGGUGCCGAAUGGGCUGCAAGAUAUAGGAUUCAAGAUUGCGCAAAAAUGCCAAGGCAUACCAUUAGCUGCAAGCGUUCUUGGUAACAUGCUGCGCAACAAGGGAAUAGAUGAAUGGCAAGCUUUAGAGGGUGGGAUUCAAAGUUCAGGUGGAGAUGAAAAUAUUGCAGUUACUAAAAUUUUGAAGUUGAGCUUCGAUCAUCUUCAACAUCCAUCUCUUAAAGAGUGUCUUGCAUAUUGUUCAACUUUUCCCAUGGGUUUUCGAAUGGAAAGGAAUCAACUGAUCCAACUUUGGAUGGCAGAAGGAUUUCUUCAUUCAAAUCCAAGAAAAAAUAUGUGUAUGGAGGAAGUUGGCAACGAGUAUUUUACUAUUUUGUUGGAUAGUAGCUUGUUUCAAGAUGUAGAGAAGGAUGAUUAUGGGAAUGUAUUGAACUGCCAAAUGCAUGAUCUUGUGUACGAUAUGGUGCAAUCCAUUUCCGAAGGUAAAACUUUAAGGUUGGAAGAGACAAGAGAAGCUAUUUUUCAAGACAAGCCUUUUCGGUAUCUUGCAGUGGAAAGCGGUGGGGAAGAAAUACCAUUUCCAUUGAAUGAGAGUUUCAGUUACAUAACGACAUUAAUUUUAGUGGAGAACAAAUCAAUUAAUAUUGAUGGUUGGAUCUCAUCUUUGACUUGCUUGCGGGUGCUGAACUUAGCUUCAUCAUGUGUCAAUGAGCUUCCUGAAUCAAUUAACAAGUUGUCUCAUUUAAGGUACCUUGAUUCAUCAGAUACUCCAAUCAAAACAUUGCCAGAGUCUCUUUGUCAGCUUAACAAUUUGCAGACGUUAAGAGUUAGAGAUUGCAAAUCAUUGGCAAAGUUUCCAAAGAAUUUCAAAAUUUUGAUGAAUUUGAGACACUUUGACUUUUUCUCUAAUCAUAAAUCAAGGGAUCUAACACCUCUUGAGGUCAGCCAAUUGCGUUCUCUCCAAACAUUGCCAUUUUUCAAUAUUGGUGAAGAGGCGGGCCGACAAAUUAGACAACUGAGAUAUUUAAAGAAUCUCAGUGGAAGUCUUGAGAUAAGAAAUCUUGAAUUGGUGAGAAGCAAGGAAGAAGCCGAGUCUGCAAAUUUGAUUGGGAAGCCAAACAUUGAUGAGUUGAGAUUAUUAUGGAAUGAAUUAGAUAAUUUGAGAGACAACGACAACGAAUACAAUCAAGUGUUGGAUGGUUUGCAACCUCACCAAAAUUUGAAAGGUUUGAUAAUUGAAAGAUUUUUUGGUGAUCGACUUUCAACAUGGAUUGAAAAACUUGAGAAAUUGGUGAAGUUUGAACUGCGAAAUUGUAAAAACUGCAAAGAGUUACCAACUCUUGGACGCAUGCCCUUCCUCAUAUAUCUUCACUUGGAAGGACUCGACAACAUAACAACCAUAGGGCCUUCUUUUUAUGGCGAAUCAACCGUGCAUAGUGGCAGUAGCAGUCAAUUGUUUCCGGCACUUGAACAUCUCGUUCUAGAAAACAUGCUAAGUUUGCGUGAAUGGUUGGAAGCAUUAGAUCAUGAUGGGACAGUGGUGGUGUUUCCGGUCCUUAACACGAUGAGAAUUAAAAACUGUCCCAAAAUAGCCACUUUUCCACGCCAUCUUCCCUGUCUCAAGAACUUGCACAUUGAGCACAUGAACGAUGGAUCAGAAAUAUUGACAUGUAUUUGCAACAGUUUCGAGACUCUCACUAGUCUUUGCAUUGAUAAUGUGAAUGGGCUCACUGAGCUACCAAUUGUGUUAUUUGAAAACAAUCCAAAUCUUGCAAAUCUCAAGUUAAGGGAUUGUCGUGAUAUGAUCCAAUUCUUGGAUUUUUCGUCUGAUGUUGGCUCAACUCAAUAUUUGGUUGGCCUUGAGUCCUUGGAGGAAUUACUUGUUUGCAGGUGCCAAUCACUGAAGUCGAUUUCAAUCCCUAGGGCACACCAGCACCUCACUGCCUUGCGAAAAUUAAUAAUUUUUAUGUGCAACGGGUUAACCCAUUUGUCCAUCCCACAAGUCUGCGAGUCAGCGUGGGAUUCCUGUUCUUCACUCUCCUCCGAUACUCCUCCUCCUCCUCCUCCUCUUCCUCUUGAGAAAUUGGAAAUUUGGGGAUGCCCCAAUCUUAUCUCCUUUCCAAUGCAUUUAUCCCGAACACCUUCUCUCUCUUUUCUGGACAUACCAUACUCUAAGAAAUUAAAUGACUUGCCCAAGGGGAAGCUUUAUUCUCUUACAAGCUUAAGAGAAUUGGGAAUUGGACCAUUCUCAAAAACCCCAGAGCUGCAUUCCUUCUUAGAUCUCUUUGGUGCUCUCCCACCAUCGCACCCCUACUUCCCCUCCCUUUCAAAAUUAAUUCUGUAUGGAUGGCCUCAUUGGGAAUCUCUGCCCGAGCAACUUCAGCACCUCUCUGCCUUGACAGUUCUUGAACUAGACAGUUUUGGAGUAAAAUUAUUGCCUGAUUGGUUUGGGAAGCUUUCGUCACUUGAACGACUCUACCUCUACAAUUGUAAAAAGUUAGAGAAUUUACCCUCUGACCAAACUAUGAGAAGCCUCACCAGACUAACAGAGCUGCAGAUUGAAAUGUGUCCUCUUCUAACGGAAAGACGCAAUUCAGAGAGCAGCAGCAGCAGUAGCACCGACCCCAUUUCUAAGUGGUCCAAGAUCUCCCACAUUCCCAAAAUUAUAAUUAAUGGGCAGCGAAUCAGAGGCUAAUCUCCACUUGAGGCUACUCGCCUACCUUCUGCUGAAUAAUUGUUGCAAACCUGUCUUUCCUUGGUUCUCUCUGAAUUUCUGCUUUCCAGAUAAAUAUACCUACACAUUCUUGGACUUGCAAAAAAGAGGGGCUGUAUGCUUGGUGAGGGCUUAUUUACUUCAAAUGGAUCCAGCAGGACUCUCUCCAAGGGUGCUUAUUCUCCUUCAUUAUAUGGAGAAGGUUUAGGCAAUGCUAUUUCUAGUUUGAGAGUGUAGAAUGGACCAUUGGUAAAAACCCAUGGUAUAAUAUUAAAGAAUGAGGGUGUAAGCUCUCCAAGAUGCUGCAACAAAGAUUACUCUGGCUGGCUACUGGGAUUCUCAUGCAGGAGCUGUUUGAUGGCUAGAAAUUGGAUGAAUGGUCGGAAGAGAUGUUCUCAAAUUUUCCGAUGUAUGAAAAGCUAUGAGCUUAAGCUGUUCUCUCAAGCUGGUGAUGGGGCGGACGCUCUCAUUCAGGGCUAUCAGAUGGCUGAUGGAAAACAUGCCAUGGUUAGUACUCUCCCUUUGUGCAUCUCAAUGUUGCAUAAAGUUCUCCAGCUGAUUAUGAGAUAUUUGUCAUUUUGAGUCCUUGAAAUGACUAGGUAAUGGAACUGUGGAGAAUAUCAAUUUUUUGCACAGGAGAGGAGAAGUUUGAUGCAUAUACAUCGAAAUCUUAUGGAUAAAAUUCAAGCAGGAAGUGAAUUUCUGAGAUGAGGGUGAAUUUCUGAUAUGUUAGUAGUAGAACCCAUGUGGAUGGCAGUCUCCUGGUGAAACGGUGUGUUUAUGCCUUAUAGGGGGAACCUUUCAUGAAAAAUCUUGGUAAAGUACAGAGCUAUGGAUAAGCCAACAUAUGGGAUAGCUAUUCGUUGGAUUUUUAAGUCAUGAUGACAAAUGCUGCGAAUGAGGCUUGGCAGCCCCUCAACAGAGAUAUAGCCAGGUCAAAGUGAGAAGCUUUCACUUGUUGAAGGAUUUGAAGUUGGAAUAUGCCAAAAACUUGAGCAGUAACCUCCCCGCCAAUCAAAUACAAGCCUCCCUAUGGAAUGUGUAUCUUUUGAUCUUUUGACUCUGAGUGGUGCAAGAUUUCUCACUUUGAGAUUGAUCAUAGUGUAUGGAAACUCUAGUCUACACCUGUAUUUAUGAUUUCUUUCAAUUCUGUAUGUUUAAUUAUGCUGUCUCCAAUUCAAUGAAUUAUUCUUAUGAUGAUAUACCUUUUCUGUGACAUUCUGCUGAAGAGUACAUUGUUAUUAGAUGUAAAAGUGGACGAGUAUUACAACAUCACACAUUGUAAACCGUAUGAUCUUGCAGAAUCUAUUUUAAGUGGAUAA